AUCUACUUCGGAGGGAGUGAAGUAGAGAAAGAAAGGAGAGAUCCUUACUCCUUCACACACACUCUGUUUCUCUCUCUAAAAACUUCCCUCCCCUGCAUAGUUCACCAUCAAUGGCGUAAAGCAAUAUCAAUAUCCUUGCGUGCCCGAAACCCUCGCUAGAAUCAAACCAACCAAAAGCAAGUGACACAGAUUUUUUGAAAUCUUCAUCUAAUUUUUAUAUACCCAAUUGUUUCCAAGAAUCUUUUUCAUCUCCUUCUUCUUCAACACUUGUUAGAAGCAGAGAGAGAAGAGAGAGAGAGAGAGAGUGAAUGUGUAUGAAGAAGGAGAAGAGAGAGAGGAGCAAACCUGGGGAAGCCCGGAGAGUUGUUGUUCGAGGGACUCUUCGAUUGCAUCCAUGAAAUCGCCGCCGCUUUGGCCUUCGCUAGGAUGAGCGAUUCCUCUGCUUACCGUGUUGAAACGACUUCGCGCCUCGCCCAAUGGCGGAUCGACAACUUGGCCUCCUGUACCUACCGUAAGUCCGAUCCUUUCAAGAUCGGCAAGUGGAAUUGGCAUUUAGCUGUGGAGAAGAAUCGAACGUUGCUCAUUAAACUGUACCCAGAAAUAUCGAAUAUAACCAGAGACAGUCCUCCAAUUGCAUCGUUUAUCAUUCGAGUGGUCUGCUCCGCGGGAGAUCGCAAGUCUUUGAUUCACCCAGAAAUUACAGACAAGAAGCUCAAGAAUAACGACGAUUUUGUUUGGGCAAUUGAGGUUCCAUUAACGGGGAAAUUCAUAAUUGACAUUGAAUUCCUUGAUUUGAAGAUUGUACCUUUAGAGGGUGGAGAACCUUGCUCCAUCUGGGCUGAAGGAUCCACGCAAAAGCAAUCAAAUGUGACUGCCCUCGUGUCCCUUGGUAAAAUGUUAUCCGAAGGCAUUCACACCGACAUUGUAAUCAACGCUUCUGAUGGAAGCAUUGGAGCUCACCGUGCAGUUCUCGCUGCACGGUCACCUGUUUUUCGCAGCAUGUUCUCACAUGACCUCAAAGAGAAGGAACUGUCCACCAUAAACAUCUCUGACAUGUCAAGUGAGGCUUGCCAGGCUUUUCUCAAUUACAUAUAUGGGAACAUACAAAACCAAGAAUUUCUGACACACCGACUGGCACUUCUCCGAGCUGCUGACAAGUAUGACAUCUUGGACUUGAAAGAGAUGUGCCAGGAGAGUCUUCUUGAAGAUAUUGAUGCUAGGAAUGUGCUAGAGAGGCUUCAAAAUGCUUCUCUAUAUCAAUUGCCAAAACUAAAGGCGAGUUGCUUGCGUUAUCUUGUGAAGUUUGGUAAGAUAUUCGACAUUCGCGAUGAUUUCAAUUCCUUUAUGCAAUGCGCGGAUAGGGAACUUAUCGCUGAAAUCUUCCACGAAGUCCUCGCUGCCUGGAAAGGUUUCUGAAACAAUGGUUUGUUCUUCUUGUUAGUAUAUUCUUUUUCACGUCUCCAUGAAAAAUGGGUGGUUUGAAGAAUUGUGUUGUGCAUGGGUUGUUUUCCAUGGAAGAACAUUCUUUUAUGUAAAUUGCAAUGUGUUUUGUGUUCAUGUACAAAUAUUGGUUUUAACGGAAAAUAUAUCUUACUGAUUGAUAUAUAUAUAUAUAUAUAUAUUGAUGUAAAUGGUUUUAAGAAGGAAUUGUAAAUUGUAUUA